UGAAGACAACCAUACUUACCAAGUUCAAUCGCGUGGUUGCAGUUACUCGAUUCUCCUCCAGAUUAUUCUCUCUCCUUGUCUCUCUCUCUCUCUCUCUCUCUCUCUCUCUCUCUCUAUUCGAAGAGAGAAAUUUUCUCUCUCCACGCGUAUACACAAUUUUUGGGAUUUUAUUAUACAACCCAUUUGAAUUAUUGAUCUUGGUUUUCUAUAUGUCUAUCUAAAGAUUGUAAUUUUCAAAUAAAAACAUAGAAUCUAUCAGAUAGGGUUUGAAUUUUGCUUUACUCUUUCAUUUGUUGAAAAAGUAUCUAUUUUUUUUUUUGGAAGUUUUUCUUCCAAAUCUAGCAAAGCAUUUGAAAUUUUGGGAUAUGGCGUCGCAUUUUGAUCGGUGGGAGAAAGAUCCGUUCUUCUCUGCAGCAGAGGAAGUUCAGGAAUCCGCCGACAGGAUGGAAUCGACUUAUAGAACCUGGAUUCACGCAAGGAAAGAGGCUUCCGGUAUGUGGAAUUUGGAAGAGCUUCACAGGGACCUGCAAACUGCUCUUGGCACUACCAAAUGGCAGUUGGAGGAAUUUGAGAGGGCUGUCAGGUUGAGCUACACUAAUAGCUUAGGUGAUGAUGCAAAAGUCAGGCAUCGUGAAUUCAUCACGGCAAUUGAGAGCCAGAUUUCAAAAAUCGAAACUUCAUUACAAGAAUCAACCCUUUCUACGGGCAAGCCCCCACUCCCUUGGGCUCGCUUGGAUGACAGAGAAAGUAGUGAACUUGCUUUGUUCCUGUCGGGACCAGCAGCGUCUGUGGAGAAGAUCACUACGAAAAUUCAUAUUGGGGACGAACAAACAGCGAACCAACAAGAGAUUGAUAAACAAUUGAAGCCACUGAGUUCAAAGAAUUCGUGUAAUUCAGUGGAGUGGGGUUUAUUGGAGGCUAGGGAAGAGAAGUUGUCUGGACAUCGGAGAACAGCAAGUGCUAGUGCAGACAUUAGUGCAUGGAAGAUUGCAGUUGCUGAUGAUGUUUUUCCACAUAGCUCCCCCAAUGGGCAGCCUGAGGUUCCCCCUCAAAGGAUACCCAGUUUUUCAGGGUUCCUGAGUACAAUGGAGACUGCAUCCAAGUUGAAGUUUUCAAAGAAUGGGUACAGGAAGUUGAAGCUUCCGGAUCGCCACCAGGAAGCUGAUACCACAUUAUCACAAUCCCAGCAGUUGACUCGGGGCACUAAUAUGUGCUAUGAAAGAUGUAAGAGUUGCCUUGAUGGUGUUAAUGACUGUUACGACAAGCAACUUUAUGGUUGGUAUGGAGCUAUCCAGAGACAGCUUCAAAGGUCUCAGUAUCAGAUGCAAUAUAGUCGGCCCAUUCAAAUGAUUGUUUCAAUUGCUCUUCUCCUCUGCUUUGCUGUUUUAUUCGUGUUGCGUGCAAUUUAGGGAGCAAGAGAUUCAUUAUCCAGUAUUAUGUAGUCAAUGGCAAUUUGUAGUGGGAAGUUCAAGGGUAGAUGUGUUGCACAUUCUUAGCGCCAUCACCAAAAUGAGGUGGGUGGUUCUGGUUUCUUCUUUAUGUGAUGACAUGUUCAUUCAUGUGACUUACUGGUCAUAAUUGCGCCAGAAAUGCUGUAUUUGACCUCUAGUUCCUUUUCCGUUUUCCGGUUUUGCUGAUUUCCUUGAUAAUCAGUGAAUUUUGUUGUAUUAUAUGAGGCAAAGAUGAUGGCGAAGAAUGUUGGGCCAAGGUUGUAACAGGGAAGGAAAAAUAAAAUGAAAAACUAGGUUUCUGCCCCUUGCCAGGUCUUGUAAUGUAUAUAGUUUCUUUUUAUUUGUAUUUGUGUAUUUAUACCAGUGUAACAUGUUCCUCCGUGUGUAUGCAAUGUCUGACGGUAACACUUUUAAGCCAAGGUAUGGUUCUUGAUA